CUACUCUGAAAACGAAACUGGCCGGUUAUUUCUCGAUUUCUCCGCCCUGAAUCUGAGAGUCCAUCACCAUCAAAGUCUAUAGAAGUGGAACUGAACCAUGCCCGUUUUCACCCCGUCCAAUGGUGACCCGCUGGUGGUCCGCAGCACUCUGGGUGUUGUACCAGAACAUAACACCAAGAACCACCAUCUCCCUAUGACGAGGAAGGACUUUGCAGGGAACCGGCCGGCCACCAUGGCCAGUGCUCGGUUCGGCAACCUGAGUCAGAGUGCCUUCUUCGCUCGUCACAACCCCCACCCUGGUAGAGUCCGACAUAUCAAAGGUUUGCUUGAUUUCCCAAUCUGUGCCGUCCACGACGAGGGCUUCGUCGUCAACCCCCGUCUCAAGCUGAGGAGCAGGCCCGCCACCAGCAGUGGCCUCGACCAGACUCGCUUGUCCCUCCCCGUUAAACUGCCCGUCCAGGCAAUCAACUACCACCCGAACCACAUCAAUCCGCCGUUGCAAAAUCACAAGAUCAAUCAGAUCGACAGCCAAAAGCACUACCGCCGUUUCCCGUUGUCCAUGCGAGAAAGGGCCGACCCUCAGUUUGGCAUGAUACCCAUUACGGACCUUUGGCGUGAGGAGUUGCGUCAGCUCACAGAGAAAGCAGGUAUGGGUCUCCCAAAGGAGAUCAAGGAACAGCAAGAAGUCCAGCCGAGACGAACCAGCGUCUACUCGGCCGAGACUGGGAGGCUUCUUCCCCCACCAUCCAGGGCGAUGAGUCGUGGUUUCUCCCGUCAGAAACAACGACCGAGGGAUCUGUUCCAGCACAUCGUACCGGAGAUGGACCAGGAGGCCCUGGUUAUGGAGAUGCUAUGUCAGAUACUGCAGACAGAUUCCAUCAAUGCCGUUCAAUCAUGGCUGUGUUCGGCAGGAGAAAGAGAAAAAGAGCUGGUGCUGGACAUGAUCCGUGGUGCCGUCACAAACGAGUCCGAUUACUGGAAACGCACGCAGAGCCAAGAGUAUUACGCACCCUUAGAGCGCCCUCACAGCCAACCCCCACCCAACAUGAUCCUCCAGAAUGGGUACGGGGAGCUGGACAGACCGGACCCGACGCAGAAGGACGAGAGAAGAAUGGGAACACCUAAUGGCUAUUCUAGAUACUCCUACGAACAGGAAGAUCAUCAAGCAUUAAGAAAGAAGAGUGGCAAGCCCGAUAUCUUCAAAAUCGACCACCCGCAGCGCCCCGUCACAAGGUCAAAAUCCCGAGCUGGAGAUGUCCCUCCUCCAAAAACUCCCAAGAUGCGUUUUGUCUCGACGCCUACAGAGCCCCAAUCCUGGAAACCUGAAGAAGCUACAACAACUAACUGAGCCACCUUUGCUCGUCCGUUGUAGACUUUUAUCAUGGCGAUGUCAUUUUGGGUUUUUUUCUUUCACUGGAAUCAGCACAUAGGCCAGAGGCAAAAAUAGUCUGAUCCCUGUGUUGGUGUUAUGAAAAUCAGUAUUGACUUAAUGUUAUUGAGCAUGGGGUUACAGACAAAGAUGGCAGCUGCUGAGGUUCCACUAUGAACCCCCCACUCGUUGCACCUACUGCUUUCACAGAGAUAAUUUUAAAGUCAUUAUUGUUUUCCUUAUUGUGUUUACUUCAAAAGCACUAUAUAUUUGUUCAAAGAGUUGAAUAUGCUGUACAUAAAAUCACUACUCAAAAGAGUGUGUUGUAAAUUUUACCACCGACUUUUUCAGCCAAUGGGCAUUCCCUUUACACUCAAGUCACGUGUGUACAGAAACUAUUAAUUGCAUUUUUUGUACAAUUUUAAUGGAAUGCUCUGUAGACUUGGCUCAAGUCAGUAUUGAAAGUUCAGCAAGAGACACAAUGGUGUUCCAAGGUGCCUUUAAGUUUAUUAUGUAGAGAUAGAACAGAAUUUCUAGAUAGCCUGACCCUAGUUUCAUUACCCUACUUACCAUCAAAUUCUAUGUUAACGAUGCCCUUUAAAGGCAGUGGACACUAUUGGUAAAGACUCAAAAUAAUUUUUAGCACAAAACCUUACUUGGUAAGAGUA